UUUCAUUGAAGCUGCUUCUCUCCUCCGGUCCUCAGAAACAGACUGGAGCGAUGGAGGAAGAGUUAAAAUGCCCCGUGUGCGGUUCCCUCUUCAAGGACCCCAUCCUGCUGCCCUGCUCCCACAACGUCUGCCUGGCCUGCGCCCGGAACAUCACCGUGCAGACCCCGGAGGGAGAGACCCCGGUGCAGAGCCGAGCCUCGGGGAGCUCUGACUACGACUACCUGGACAUGGACAAGAUGAGCCUGUACAGCGAGACGGACAGCGGAUACGGCUCCUACACGCCGUGCCAGCUCAAGUCUCCGAACGGGGUGCGGGUGUUUCCCCCGGCCACCCACCACCGACACUGCUCCCUCACCUGCCCGCUGUGCCACCGGAGCGUCUCCCUGGACGAGCGGGGGCUCCGGGGUUUCCCUCGGAACCGGCUGCUGGAGGCCAUCGUGUCGCGGUACCAGCAGAACCGCCGCACUUCCGCCUCCUCUUCUUCCUCCUCCGCGCAGAAGUGCCAGCUGUGCGACCGCAAUCCGGUGGACGCGACGGUGAUGUGCGAGCAGUGCGACGUGUACUACUGCAACGCCUGCCAGCAGCGGUGCCACCCGUCCCGCGGUCCGCUGGCCAAGCACCGCCUGGUGCCGCCGCCGAACCAGGCGGCAGGAGGCGGCGCGGCAAGCGGCGGCAGCGGCAGCGGCGUCGGUCAGCUGCCGCCUGCCACCGCGCGGAAACCUGCGACCUGCGUGGAUCAUGAGGCGGAAAACUUCAACAUGUACUGCUACAGCUGCAAGGCUCCGGUGUGUAUGAAGUGUUUGGAGGAGGGAAAACACGCCAAGCACGACAUCAAACCGCUGGCUGUGAUGUGGAAACAACACAAGUGCCAGAUCUCCCAGGCUCUGAACGGCGUCUCAGACAAAGCUAAAGAUGCCAAGGAGUUCCUGGUCCAACUCAAGAACAUGCUGCAGCAGAUACAGGAGAACGGCGUGGAGUUCGAGGCGUGCCUCGUGGCGCAGUGCGACUCUCUGAUCGAGGCGCUCACCAGACAGAAAGCCAAACUGCUCACCAAAGUCACCAAGGAGAAGGAGUACAAGCUGAAGGUGGUGCGUGACCAGAUCACCCACUGCACCAUGAAGCUGCGUCAGACCACCGGCAUGAUGGAGUACUGCCUGGAAGUCCUGAAAGAGAACGACCCCAGUGGAUUCCUGCAGAUCUCCGAUCCUCUGAUCAAGCGUGUGACAUCGUCUCAGGACCAGUGGGUGAAAGGGGCCCUGGAGCCGAAAGUCGGCCCCGAGUUUGACCUGACCCUCAACACCGACUCGCUGCUGCAGACCAUCCUGCAGCUAGACUUCUGCCAGGGCAAAGUGGAGUCUGGCCCCGCGGUGCCAGCGGCUCCGUUCCUGCAGCUGGAGAAGUGCUGCACCAGGAACAACAGCGCCACGCUGGCCUGGAGGGUCACUGCUCCGCCUGCCAGCCCCAUCGAGGGCUACAUCCUGGAGCUGGACGACGGCAACGGGGGGCAGUACAGGGAGGUGUAUGUGGGGAAGGAGACGGUGUGCACGGUGGACGGGCUCCACUUCAACAGCUCCUACAACGCCAGAGUGAAAGCCUACAACGCCAUCGGUGUCGGGCCGUACAGCAAGACUGUGGUGCUCAAGACCUCUGAUGUGGCUUGGUUCACCUUCGACCCCUCGACUGCUCAUCGGGACAUCGUUCUGACCAAUGAGAACCAGACGGUGAGCUGCAGCAGCUACGACGACCGCGUGGUGCUGGGGACCGCCGCCUUCUCCAAAGGCGUCCACUACUGGGAGGUCCGCAUCGACCGCUAUGAUAACCACCCUGACCCGGCGUUCGGCGUGGCGAGGAUCAACACCAUGAAGGACAUGAUGCUGGGGAAAGACGACAAGGCCUGGGCCAUGUACGUGGACAACAACCGCUCCUGGUUCAUGCACAACAACUCCCACACCAACAGGGCGGAGGGAGGCAUCACUAAGGGCUCCACUGUGGGCAUCCUGCUGGAUCUGAACAAACACACACUGACUUUCUACAUCAACAAGCAGCAGCACGGACCCACUGCCUUCGAGAACCUGGACGGGGUCUUUGUACCUGCAGUGAGCCUCAACAGAAACGUGCAGGCCACCCUACUGACGGGCCUGGAGGUACCAAAGAACAGCAAACAGUAGGCGAUGAUGUUUCCUCUGCGAGCGUGCCCUGGAUACAAACCAACGAUGUCAUACGCAGCUCGUUCCCUACGUGGACCUUUUCCCAGUCACGUCAGAGAGGAUUUACUCGUCUCCAUCCUCCUCAAGGUGCCCUUUGUCUUGGAUACACUUCAAUGUAACGAAGGAUUAAAAAUGUGGGUUAUUAUCAGCUGUUAACUACAGAGAUGACUGGAGUUACUGUGGAUUGCCAUACUUUUUGUUCUCCAUAUCCCAGUGUUUGCCCCGUGAACUCCAGGAUACGAACAUCAUUUAUGUUGUUUUUCCAGCUCGCAGUUUUAACAAAAAAAAAGGAAAAUAAGAGCCUGAAAGUUCACCUCGAGGCCUGAGACCGAACUAAUCGACCAUCUCACUUUGAUAGAAUCUACGGCGAAGAUUUCCACACUGUCCAGUGAAACAAUGUUGUAAAUUUUAUGAGAAAUUAACAUGACAGUUAGGGUUAAAAGUGCACGACAACAGGGUGCUUUCAGGAGGGAGAAACGACGGAGCGGCGCGUCUCUGCUUCUCUCUCAGGUGUCUCUGCGGCUCACCAGGUAAAACUAGAUGAAGGGAGAGUUUUGUCAGAGUUGUAGUGGCACCGUGGGAUGUUUCGCUCAUGAAAUAUUUAAACGCUACACUCUCAGUGCACACUUUCAUCCCAGUUGUGGCUCCAACAGCACAGCCUUCUCUGUCUUUCUCCAUCCCAUACAAAGUGGCAUAAAGAUUGUUUGGUGCUGCCGUCAAAGAGGUUUACACACAAAAGCUGGGAAGGAUCGGGCUCGAGUCCAUUUCAUCUUUUCAGUAAUGUGACAGAUCUGCAGAGCGUGGGAGGGAGGGGCCGCCCUGCAGCCAGAAUGUCUGACUUAUUAUUUAUUUCUUUUUGGCAGUCAGUGGAGCCUCGAUGAGGAUUGGAUGUGUAGUGUUGAAGUGGCUCGUCAUUGGGAGGAAUUUAGUUUAUUUCUAUCCGCUGCACGUGUGGAAGAAGUAUUCAGAUCCCUUACACUGUGAAAUGACUCCACUGCAAGUAAAAGUCCUGCAUUCAAAUCAGUAUCAGCAUCAAAAUGUACUUAAAGUAUCAAAAGUGAAAGUACUCGUUCUGCAGAAUAAACCCACUCACAUUGUUUUAUAUAUUCUAAAUAUAUUAUUAGGUUAUUAUCAUUGAUGUAUUUCAUUUUUUCAUGUUGGGACUAAUUUUAACUACUGAAUAUACUGUUAUAAGGUAAAUUUAUCAUGUUUUUAUGUUAAAUCUCAACCUGAAAAGUAACUAGAUAGAUAGAUACUUAAUUUAAUUUUUAAUUUUUUAGCAGCAUUCAAACAUGCAUACACUAUACAUACAAUAAAAAUUAACUAAAAAAUUAACUUAACCGAUAAAUAUGAAUUGACAUUAAAACUUUGGCUAAAAUAUUUAAACAUUUGUAGAGAAAUUGGACAUUAAUUUGAAAUUAAACAUUUGCAGGAAAUUACAUUAAAUAAUGUGCAGAUAAAUUAAACCUCUGCAAAAAAAAACCCUGGAAAGCUGUCAGCUAAAUGUAGUGGAGUAAAAAGUACAAUAUUUACCUCGAAAUGUAGUGGAGUAGAAGUAUAAAAUUACAUAAAAUGGAAAUACUCAAGUAAUGUAGAAGUACCUCAAAAUUGUCCUUAAGUACAGUACUUGAGUAAAUGUACUUCCACCACUACUAUCUUUAUUAUAUUACCUGUAAGGAUUAAAGAAACAGGAUAUAAAUUGUGUAUAAGUUAGGUAUUCUGGGCACGUUUAACUGGUAAAAGGCCCCCAGAACCCGCUGGAGGGACUAAGUGUCUCAUCUGGCCUGGGAUCGCCUCAGGGUCCCCCAGGAGGAGCUGGACGCUGUUUCCUUGGAGACAGACGUGUAGAAUAUUUGCUUAGCCUGCUACCCCCCGCGACCCGGCCCGCAUCAAUCUUCUUGUCUAGCAAUUCCAGUUUUUAGUCAGUAAAUGUCUUUCCAGUCUUUAUAUCGACAUAUUGGUUGAAAGCAACUAAAUUCAGCCUCUUUUUGCAAGAAUUAGAAAGAAAUUAACCACUGAAUAUCAAGUAUUCACCCUUUUUAUUGCCCUGAAGUAGCUGUAAAUUGUUAAAAUCCUCCUAUCCCACACUAACAGCAUCAAACAUAUAUCCCAAGACAUUAUUUCUAGAUUCUCGUGACAUUUUUGUAAACUUCAGGAUCUCCACUAGUAUUUUAAAUCAAGUUCUGUGAAUACAAGAGGCUGCAAAAGUAGGUAAACAGUAAAGAAAAACAAAAUGUAUGCACAUAAUGUGUUUUAUUAAUUAUACAAACACAUCAAUAAUAACAUAUUAACCCCUUAAAUGUUCAAACUGUUGGCACUCACACAUCCUAGCACCACUAUUAUAAUACUGGAAUAAUUCUUACAGUGAGUAUAUCUACUUUUGCAGCCCUCUGUAUUUUUUGGGCUGCACAGCAUACAUUCAUCAUGACUAAACCACCAGUGUGAUCAAAGGUUAAAACGUGCCUGCAGCCUUUAAUAAACGCGGCGGCUGAAGUGAUAAUUUGGUUGCCAAAACUAUAAAAUAGUGUCCAAACAGUUUUGCAGCUUGUCCUGUUGAUUUAGUCAAAGUGAGGGAACAAGGAUGAUUAUUUUCCUGCAGGUCGACGUCCUGCAGCCUCUCUCUCUCUCUCUCUCAGGCUCUGUGUGUUUACCAGGAAAUGUUUCCACCUUGAGGGAUGAAUGUCGGGAAAAAGCUGAGAUGAAAUGGAACCGAGCCAAACCCUUUGCCUUUUUUCUUUUUGUUUUGUUUCACAGGACUUACAGCUACUAUAAUACAUCAAAGUAGAUGAGAAAAGUGCGGUAUCUCAUGGUAAUUUUAUUCCGUGCUCAUCUCUCAGUCUCUCUGUAGAAUCUCUGUCAGGCACCUUCAGCGUGUCGCACCGAAAACGAUCUUGAAAAGUCACAUCAGGUAAAGCUACGUCUGCUGCUGCGUUUCUCAUCAGGGAUUGAGUACGGCAGCCUGUAGGGGACAGUAGCUUCCAAAUUCAACCAAACCACUGUGACUCCGGAUAUAUAAGACGUUUUCCCUGUGUAUAUUUCACCGCUAAUGCAGCAAAAGGAUGGAGUGAAGUGACGUGAAGUUUGCAUUUAAAUUUAAAUUAAUAUUUCUGUUCCCUAUAGUGUUGUGACACACCUGCCAUACAAAGAUUGUGUGAAUGGAAAAUCCACAAACAAAUGUAAAUAUGUGAGUUAUGAUUAUGACGUGUGAUAUUAAGCAUGGAUUAAGCGUCGAACAAGUUUACAAAAAUAUCUGAAGCUGUAUUGUAAAUAGUGUACUGUAUUACUGUCUUUGCAACGAGUGAUGUUAAAGCCAACUGCUACGACAGCUCGCCCUCUGCUGGUGGACGGUGGAAACAACAGGAUUAUUAUUAUUAUUAUUAUUAUUAUUAUUAUUAUAACUCAUCCUGUUGUUACAUUUUCACCCCCCGACUGUGUUUUUCACACCUUUAACCGCUGACUGUUGGCAAAUAUUUACAUCUCAUCAUAUUCAAACAUCUAAUCAGGGACAUAAAAUAGCAGUCAUUUACAUUUCUACAAGUUUUUAUAUACAUUUGAAAAUUAUUAUGAUUGCAGGCAGCAAUUACAUGUUA